AUGCCUCCCAUCCGCACUUCCCGAAAUCGCAAACCGCCUCCGGCCGGAUUCGACGAUCUCGAGGAUACCCUGUUGGAAUUCAGCAACAAAAUGAAGGAUGCGGAAAAUGCCUCUCAUGAAGGAAAGAAGAAGCAUGAAGUUCUCUGGCCCAUAUUCCAGAUCAGUCAUCAACGCUCACGAUACAUCUACGAACUCUACUACGAGAAAGAAGCGAUCUCGAAGGAGUUAUAUGAUUUCCUGCUCAAGAAUAAGUAUGCUGAUGCCAACUUGAUCGCCAAGUGGAAGAAGCAAGGCUAUGAAAAGUUGUGCUGCCUGCGCUGUGUCCAAACGAAAGAGACAAAUUUCAAUUCUACGUGUAUCUGCCGAGUGCCCAAGGCGCAGCUCAAGGAGGACCAGACGAUUCAGUGUGUCAGCUGUGGCUGCAACGGCUGUGGAAGUAGCGACUAA